UAUAGCGAGCAGUACUCGUACAGUCUCGUACUGAACUUUCUAAGGCCUCCAAUAUUUUUUUAAGGCUUUUCAAGCUUGCAAAAUUGUAUAUGUUUAACGCGGAGCUUUGAAGUUUAAUUAUGCGAAUUCAAAAGUUGUGAUUAAUUACUUCUUUUUGAUUUUAUUGCCUCUGCAGUCGCCAGUCAGAAUAAGCGUUUCAGAUUUUUUCACAUUAUUGCGAUUUACUGCAGUUAUUCUGCUGCUGUUUUAUCAAACUGUAAACAUGGUUUUGUCUAAGAACGGCCCAGCAGGAAGCCUUGCACGGACACCUUGCCUGCAUGUGAUCCACGACACCCAUGCCUUUCUUGGAAUAUCCGGCUAUCCUUGAAAGAUUUAAUGCAGAAAGGCGAAGCAAUGUUAUAACAGUUUUGAAGAAAAAUCAACACUCCGAGAUGUCUCUAUCGCAUGAGAUUCGUAAAUACUCCCAAAUCUGCAAACUUCUACGGCAGAAUUAUCGUGACACAAAAUUGGCUCUGAAGGAACUGACAUACAGUGGUAGCUUUGAAUCAGAAUUUUUGGCAAACGUUGCCAUUGUACGAUCGGAAGAACAGCUGGUGCAAUCUGUGAUCGAAAAUGUGCCAACCAUCGUUAUUGUGGGACAGGAUUACGCUGCCAAAUUGGCCAUGGUCAAUUCACUUUUAGGACAAGCGGUGUUGCCGGUCCAGCUGCAAGAAUCGGCGAACGGUUGGCGGAUGUUGCGAAUUGUGUAUGGCAUGAACAGAAGCUUCAGUUUGUCCACUGCCGAAAACUUUGAGGUGGUGGAUCCUGUGCUGUCUCGAAAGAACACGAAAAGUCUUGUGCCAAUUGAUGACCUUAUGCUAAUGAGUACGACUACGGAUUCAGCAGCCGGAAAUGCAGUUCUGGAGAUUAGCCUUAGCCAUGAAUUGUUAAUGUCAGGAUGGCGCAUCAUUGUUUCACCUAGUCAACAUACUAGUGGUCUGGAGCCAAUAUACCAGAAGUGUUUGGAAGGAGCCUUGCCGGUGUUCGUCUGUGUUCUUGCUGGGCGUAUGCUUUCUGACGAAGAUCUCGGGUUGCUUGCCGAACAAAAGGCUUUCGCUCCCACUUCGCCUAUCCUUUAUGUAUGUCCCGAUGGGGAUCCGCCCAAUGCCUCGGUUAGCCCGGAUGUUGUUCCGAAUCGCAUCAGUGGUCAGAUUUUUGAGCAACUGGUGAGUGGUGGCUUUCUCUCUUUUCCGAUUGAUGGACGGGCAGAGAAAUACCAGGAAGGAUUUGGAAGCGAAAAUGAAUUAAUUUAUGGUGCGUUGUCCCUUACGACCAUUGCUUCCUUUGCCCGUCGCGUUCUUCUUUCGCGUUUGCUGGAAGCCGCAACAAAUUUGUAUAAUAUUCAUGAACGGGUGCUAGCUCAAUUCACAAUAUUCGCUUUCGAUAUUGCCCGUGAUGUCUUGAUUACUCCGCGACGAUUAAGUUACGUUCGCACGAAAGAGUUGGAAUUGUACGAGACCAUGAGCGCGAUUGCUAACCGUAAACAAGAAGAGAUUGAAUUAAUCAUACAAGAAACUGUUGAUUCGAUCAAAGAUUCGCUCCUGGAUGAAGCGGAAUCGUACAAAUUUCACCACGUGGAGAUUAUUGAAAGUCAGGAUGCAGUGCACAAUAUGAAAGAUCUGCAAAGCUGUAUGGAAGAAAUCCGUGACCUUGUACUUGCGCGGAUUAAUUCUGCUGUGGCUGGCAAGCUAAUUGGCUCGGUCAAUUGCCUGCGGGAAAGUUUUGUGGGGACUUUAUGUCGCUGCCUGGAAAGCCUGGAGUUAACAAACGAAAGCAGCCUUCCUUCGGCCGCUCAUGCGCUUAAACAGAUUUUCAACGCUGCUUAUCAGAUACAGCUGAAUGCUGCCACAAGUUCAUCGGUGAGCCAUAUGUUUUAUGAGAAGCUGCGGACAUUCGUCCAGAGUUUGCGUUGGAGUUCCAGUGAUAAAGUAGACAGUUCCUGGAAACGGACAGUUGCCCUUGAAAUGAUGACCUCCUUGUCGUCGACGAAAUUAGCAAAAAACAUUUGUUCGCAGUUCCGGGAGCGUUUGCGACAUGCGCAUGAAUUGUUUUUGUUAUCCAUACGACAGCUGGAGUGUAAGCACGCCGAUAGGUUGGAAAAAAUGGAGCAGAAACGGUUGAAAGUUCGGCGACUCCAUGCACCUAAGGUGUCCAAGUUGGCCCUGGAAAGCGCUUCCGCCAAGGAUUUGAUUUGCCACGGCAUGCCCAAAUUAGGCCGGGAAAUCGGUCGAGGCCAGUAUGGUGUCGUAUAUGCAUGCGAAUCCUGGGCUGGCUAUGCACCGUGCGCGGUUAAAUCAGUUGUACCUCCGGAUGAUAAACACUGGAACGACUUGGCUAUGGAAUUUUAUUACACAAGAUGUAUUCCUCCCCAUCCUCGCAUUGUUCCUUUGUAUGGGAGUGUCAUUGACUAUUCCUACGGCGAUGGGGGUGCCAGUAUGGGGCCGGCGGUUUUGUUCCUUAUGGAACGAUUGCCACGCGAUCUCCAUGCUGCUUUAAAAAGCGGCAUCCCUUGGGGAACCCGUCUCCAAGUGGCUGUUGAUGUUAUAGAAGGCAUCCGGUUUCUCCACAGUCAGGGACUAGUCCAUCGAGAUAUAAAGCUAAAAAAUGUUCUUCUGGAUAAAAGCUAUCGCGCUAAAUUGUCAGACUUGGGAUUUUGCAAGCCGGAAGCAUUGUUGUCUGGAUCAAUUGUCGGUACACCUAUUCACAUGGCUCCAGAAAUUUUUACUGGAGUAAAGUAUGACCAUUGUGUGGAUAUCUACGCCUUCGGUAUUCUUUUUUGGUUUCUCUGCUCUGGUUCGGUUAAGUUGCCGGCCGUGUUUGAGCCAUCCAUGUCUAAAGACAUGUUAAAAACGUCGGUGCGGAAAGGAAUCAGACCGGAACGUUUGCCUUAUUUUGACGAUGAGUGCUGGAACUUAAUGAAUGCUUGCUGGUCCAGUGAUCCAUAUAUCCGUCCUUUGCCGGGCUACAUUGAACCAAAACUACGAGAAAUAUAUCAGAAUUUUAAGCGUGGGUGCCAGGCCGGGAAUUUCGUUCGAGAAACAGAAGUUGUGAUUGGCUCGGGCGGUAGUCCUUACGUUGAUCUGGAUAUUCUUAACCGGGGAUAAUUUUUAACUGAAUUUUAUUCCUGUUUUAACUUUUUUGUAUUAGGGAGUUUUUGAUUUUGAUGCAGAAACAAAGCUUUGCAAACUACCUUUUUCUUUCACAUUCCCUUUUGUAUUUGUCAUGUUGAUAAGAUUUACUUGUGAAAGCUGA